CAGGUGGCCGUUGAAAGUGUAGUUCAUUACAGAGAAAACGUCGGGCGCUGUGUGUGUGCUCUCUUCAAUCGAGAGAAAAAUCUUAAAUGAAUCGUGUCGGUGCGUUAAUAUGUAACGACUAAAGAAAAAAGGUUUUUUAAACGUGCGGGUCUACCAAUAAUUUGGGGGACGUAAGGCUCGUGAGUGAUAGUGUUUGUUUCAAGAUUAAUAAUAUAUUUUUUUAUAUUCCUUUUAAAUACGGUGUGCAAUUUUUUUCUUGUGGCUGCAAAACUAGGGUUAGUCGACGUCAGCUGGUCGGAAAUGGCGGCGCUGGUGGCAGGUGUCCAGUAUGGUUUGUCUUCGCACGCCAAUUUUCAUGAAAACAAGUCCCUCAUCUUUGUUAAACUCACCGAUUCAGCGCAGCGUGCCAUCGAAGACUUUUUGCGCAAUCGGAAUCAGCUCAAACAGAAACCAACGAUAAAGUUCCUAGGAAAUGAAGGGCAAUUAUCCUUCCCGUCAACACAAUCCAGUCAUGGAACCACGAAUUUCACUUUUAGUCUUUCCGGAAGUGAGGACAUUGAGGGUUCUCAGGGCGGAUUUGAAUGCAUUCAACAAACUGGGCCAAAAAGCUUGGAAAGUUUGGGUGCCUUGCAAUGCAAAAUGCGGAUACAGGCAAAUGAUGAUGUUUAUGAAACAACUAGGCAUCGCAUGGCUGUUGCCGAAGAAAAUAAUAAAAAUAAAUGUACAAGGAUAAUUAAACCUAAUGGACCGGAUAUUGGACGUAAAGUCAAGGUGAAAGGAAUUGGAAGAACGAUACCUCCACCACCAUCUGCAAACGUUAAGCAGAGGGAAUCAAUGAGCAAUUCAACUUCCGGUACGAAUUUGUCCAGGUUUACGUCUUCUUCGUUAUCAUCUACGUCGUCAUCUUCUUCUUCUACUUCUUCUACCAUUAAUUCUUCAACAUCAUCAUCUUCGUAUAAAUCAAUUUCUCGUAAUCCUUCUGCAGCACCUCGUAAAAAUGACAAACAACUUCCAGACAUUGCACGUACACCAAUUAGAGAGCGACUUAUUCACCUUCUUGCAUUAAGGCCAUACAAGAAACCUGAACUUUAUGAACGUAUAACGAGAGAGGGUGUAAAGGAUAAGGAUCGCAGUAAAAUGUUUGAGCAUUUAAAGGAAAUUGCCUUCAUCAGAGAUAAUGCUUAUCAUUUGAUAAGGAGAAAUUGGAAUGACGUACAAGACAAUUGGAUCCACUAUUCCGAGCAGGAAAAAGCUAUUCUCAAGAGACGAAAACCCCAGAACUUGACACCGCCCGGCUCAAGUGAUGGUGGUUCUAGUGGGAGUGGCCAGUCACCAAGUUCUGUUCACCCAGGAUCACCACCGGCAAUAACGGCUCCACCGCCGGCGCUGAUGAAUUCAAAACGACCAGGAUAUUACGAGGGUUCGGACGGCUUACAAACAAAGAAACCACGGAUAUCGCAUUAUCGAAAGCCGGAACCUCUUUUUGUGAAUCACGGAGACAAUCGAGACAAUCGAGACAAUCGAAGGACGACUGAGGGAAAUUAUAAUAGUGGCGAUAGUCGUGAUAGUCGCGAUAGUCGCGUUAAUAGUGCUGAAAGAGUCUCCGAUAGUGUUAAUAGUGUCGAUAAUCACGGCGGAAGUAAUAAUAUUAAUAAUAGUAGUAGUAAUAGUAGUAGUGCUAGUUGCAAUAAUAGUAGAAGCAGUUUAUUUGCCGGGGAAGCCAGCAAUUGGAGUCAGAGGCAACAGAACCGCCUCAACAGUGCCGAAAGAACAACUAAUAGCGAUGUGCUUCGUAGUGGUAAUUGUGCCACUUCUAUUUUGUGCCUAUCAGACAGUGAUAGCGACGACGACCAGAGUCAACAUCCCAAGCUCAGUUCCGACGACCACCGCAACAGCCAUGUGAUGAAUAGUGUUGACCAACUUCGAAACUCAACUCAAAUUCAUUUCGAGUCACCGGCGAGUCCCGAUCCCGAUCCUUCAAUCAAUGUUACCAACAAUGCUUCUACCCAAACGGCUGACGCUAACAAUUCCCAUGAAGAAUAUCCUGACUACCUCACUUAUUAUACGAAAGUCAGCAGCGACGAGCAGAGGAGACGUUACAAGGAGGAAUUCAACAAUCUUUAUCCGGAAUAUAGAGAAUUAUACGAAUAUGUUAACCCAGUAAAGAGUCGAUAUUAUAAAUGGCAGCAACAAUUUAAUGAAGUAAAAGCUCAGGGAAAUUUGCAGGAACUCGAGAUAAUAAAAAUAAACAUUCUGAAAGAUUACAAUAUAAUGAAUAAUGAUCCGAUCUUCAAGCAACGUAACACGAGACACGAUUAUUUGCAUGGAAAAUUGCGUCACUUAAAGAAUUUGGUCGAGGAAUAUGAUGCGAAGCAUUUUGGUGUUAAUAGUAAUAACAAGACUACUCUUCAUGGAAAAGAAAAUCAGAACUACUGACACAAACUAAAAAUAUCGCAUCUCGUCCAUCGCUUCUUCUCCAUUGUCAGUACCACAGUCUCGAUGAUGUUCAUGCAAAACUCGCAUUUCUUUGGCAUCUUUUAAGAAAGGAUUUAGAAAAAAAGAAAAAAAAAACUCUCCCCAUUGAAAAUUAUUCCAAAAAAAAGAAGAAAAAAAUGAAUGUGGCUUUUUUAAUUUUUCAAACUUGACUGAAGAAAUGUUCACGUUAUUUUUUCCUUGAAUGUUGUGAGAAUUAUUCAAAUUCAAAAGAGUGCAAUUUAAUAAGUGACGGUGAAACUAGGAGAGAAAUUCCUUUUUGAGAGGAAGAGAGAAAGAAAAAGAUUGAGAGAGAGAGAGAGAAGAAAAUACGAAGAUGAAGAAUGUUACUUUGGACGUUGUUUGUAAACCGAUCCUUCGAAAAAAUAUCAGUCCGUUUACGUGCAAUUAGCCAAGUCUGAUGACAAUCAGAAAGCCGACGUUGGAACACUCCAUCCUAGAAAAAAAAAUGCUGCGUCUCGUCCAAGACUGUCCAAUCGUAAUGCAGGGAAAGAGAGAGAGAGAGAAGAGAGAAAUUGUUAAGUACGUAAGUUAUUUACAUCACGCACGUCCAGAGUUGUCUCGUCCAGUUUAAAGAAAAAAAAAAAUGACUGAAAAAGAAAAGCAAAAAAAAAAAAAAAAUACUUUCGAGAUCCUUUUUUUGAAAAUAAUUCCGAAAAGUUAUGUUCUCGAAAGUAAAGCACUUUGUUUCCUUAUAAAAUAAUUGCGAAAGUAUGAUGCGUCAUAUCAUUGAAAAUGUUAACGUGUCCAGAUAUUUAUCUUAGUUGUAUAGCCUUAGUUCAAGGUUUUUCCAAGGCAGUUUCUUUUUCAAUCUUUUACUUAGAUUUUUGAGAGAGAGAGAGAGAGAGAGAAAGAGUGAGCGAAAAAGAAAGAGAGAGAAACAAAAAAGGAUAAUUAAUUUAUUAAAAAAGAAAAUAAUUUUUUUUUCUAGAGACGUAAAUGUGAAAAAGUGAUUUGAGAAAAGAGAAGUGCUUAAAUAGUGAAAGAGGAAGGGGUUGUUUUUACUAGUGGUUACUUAGUAAUAAUUGUUUUUUAAUUUUUAAAAAAAAGAA